AUGUCGUCCGUCUCAGUCGAUGAACAGCCGUCGAGGGGGGUGCUGUCCGCCAUCAAACGCGCAUAUACGAAUUCAUGGACGCAGAUCCUCAUCACCAGCUUCAUCUUCUUCUGCUGUCCGGGCAUGUACAAUGCCCUCUCUGGGCUUGGAGGAUCGGGUCAGCUUGACUCGUCCGUCGCAGCCAAUGCAAACGUCGCCUUGCUGUCUGCAACGGCCGGCACGGCUUUGUUCGUCGUCGGACCCAUUUUCAAACGGGUCGGGCCUACGGUCUGUCUCCUCAUCGGCGGGUGGUCGUACGGGCUGUACUCGGGGAGCUUGCUCAGCUAUAACCAUAAUCAAAAGAGCGGUUUUGUCAUUGCCUCCGGUGCCAUCCUGGGUGUGGGUGCUUCGUUCCUCUGGGUGGCCCAAGGUGCCAUCAUGACAACCUACGUCCCGGAGUCACAGAAGGGCCGCGCCAUCGCUGUCUUCUGGAUCAUCUUCAACUUCGGCGGUGGGAUCGGUUCUCUGGCUAGUUUUGGCAUCAAUUUCCACUCGAAGAAGGCCACGGUGUCCGAUUCGACGUACAUCGCCCUGAUGGUGAUCAUGCUGUUCGGGUGGGUUCUGUCGAUAUUCAUCUGCAGCCCAUCGAAAGUCCGCGUCAGCGGGGGCAGGUAUAAGAUUGAAGAAGAAAAGGGGGAGAACUGGCGUGAGGUAGCCCUCAGGGCCGUCCGCACGCUGUCCGACUGGCGUGUUCUCUGCAUGAUUCCUAUGUUCUUCUCGGCGAAUGUCUUCUACUCCUACCAGCAGAACGAGGUGAACGGGAUGACCUUCAACAUCCGCUCGCGGUCCCUCAACGGCGCGCUCUACUGGUUUGCCCAGAUGCUCGGCGGCUUGAUCAUGGGCGUCUUGCUCGAUUUGCCCAUGCUGACUCGCCGGUGGCGUGCCAUUGUCGGCUGGGUCUUCCUGUUCGUGACGGGCUUUGCGAUCUGGGGAGGUGGCUAUGCCUUCCAGCGCUGGUCGACUCGGCGACAGGAACACGGAUUGAAGCAGGAUGUCGACUACACCAACGGGUCCGUUUCUACAGGGCCCAUCUUUCUGUACAUCUUCUACGGCGCGUACGAUGCGUUCUGGCAGUCGUUCUGCUACUGGCUGAUGGGCGCGUAUUCCAACUCCCCGGCCACCACGGCCAUUCUGGUCGGUGCCUACAAGACCUUCCAGUCCACCGGAGGCGCCAUGGCGUGGCGGAUCAAUGCAUUGAAGAGACCCGCCAUGACGCAGUUCGCCAUGGACUGGGGGCUCUGCAUGGGCUCUCUAGUGGUGGCGCUUCCGACGGUGUUGACGAUUCUCUCGACCAACAUCAGCGUGGAAGCGGAUGCCGAGGAGGAUAUCCAGGAGCAGCCCAAAGUCGAGGAGGAUUUGAAGCGCAGUUUGCCGUGA